CUUGCCGAUGCAUCCAAAAUGCGUUUGCCGUAGUGACUUGUCCAAUGAUGUACCAACGUCCACGCACAAUUGCGCUGUACCACCAUGUUUAACCACCAAUCUUGACCGUGAGAAAUUUCCACCAGCGCUUGAGCAUAUAACGACGCAUGAUACUUUUCAAAAACUAAGUUACGCCACUAAGUUACCAUUCAAUGCACUUUGGCCGUCCAAGGAUAUCGUCGAUGCAUGUGUGGGACUUUCGCUUUUCAAAGGAAUUCCUGAUGACAGUACGGAAAGUAUUAUUGGAAAAAGGAUCAUCCAAUAUGUCAGUCCAGCAGUUGAUUUGUAUAAAGUCGAUGAUUCUACAGUGCGUAAACGCCUGAUAGAAUACACAUACACUACGACAUCAUUAGAUGCUAGCAAAGAUGUCUGGGGUAACUGGAUGGAAACAACGAGGGCCUUUUCACCAAAGAAAUGUCACUUCCAUGCAACAUCUUGCGAUACAGUAGAGAAUGAAGAAUCAGUGCAGAUGGAAAAGGAGUCUCGAAAUAUUUGCAAUGAAAAUGUGUCUCGCGAAUUUUUACGUUGUACUGGUAGUAAUGUCAAUCACGAAGGUAAAUUGCAGAAACUAAUAAGCACGGAGAACAAGGACACAAUAAAAGAUUUGAUUGAAAAAAAUAAAUUGAGUCUAAUAUAUGAUAAGUUGCCUUUAUCAUAUGGUGGUUAUAGAUCUGAACUUGGAAUUGGAGUAAGAUUGGAACGAAAACAUAUACCGGUGGGUCAUCCUGAUUUGACAGUGUCACAAGCUGUUGCCCGACGAUACGAAGAUGACUCUUCACUUUAAAAAACUUUAAAGUAAACGAAAUUAAUAAAUAGUCUUUAUUGACAAUUCCUGUAUAAGACCAUUUUUUAUAUUUGACACUUACAAAUUUUGUGUAACAUUUCAACAGUCACCGAAUAAAUUAUAUAUAUAUAUAUUUAUUUAUUUAUUAUUAGAUGUAUAUUCGGAAAUAUAUAAUAGUUCUUUAUUAUUAUUAUUUCAUUAAUAAUAUAUAUGCUAACGUUUAUGGCAUUAUACUCGCUCAAUUUGUAUUCGUGUUAAAUAGUCUAUCCAUAAAUACUGAUUGCAAUAAGAUUCGAUGAGAACAAUGAUAAUACCAAUCAUUCUUUUUUUGCCAGAAUUUAAUCGAAUGAACUCUUCUGCAAAAAUACACGAAGCUUGCACAAUUGAAUUCCUGAUGAAUACUUUUAUAAGUAACUUUUAAUUAUAAGUGCCAUUAACUUGUGCUACAGACAUUGAAUACCUUGAGUGCAGUCAAUCCAUUUCUUAUAACGUCUAUACUCAAUGCCUUCUUAUUGAAAAAAUAAAAUAAAAUUUGCUCAAAAUAUUUGAUUCUAGAAAUUAAUCUAGAUCAAUAUCUCACUACCCUGUAUAUUCAUAUAUAUUAUAUAGAACUUAAUAACAGUAAUAAAGAUUAAACAUCAUAUGAUAUAGGAGCAAUUAUAUACUGUUCCCAAUAAGCGAUUCACUCAUUAAUUUCGGAACGAAUUUACAGUUUGGUAAAAUUGAACGU